GCGGGGACAGCGACUGACACAUAAUUAUGCAGUGCCAGCAGUGGUGUAACACUAGACCGGCGUUAAGCAGACUCAUUCAACUCUUGAGCUGCCCUCUUUGUGAUUCGCUGAUGAGUGACCCUUGUGUUCUCAACAACUGUAACCACCAUUUUUGUAGGAGGUGUAUUGAGUGGUCAAUAUCAGAAAAGCAAGCCAGCUGUCCCAUCUGCCUUCUGCCUGCUUGGGCGAAAGAUGUCAAAUCUGAUCGGCAAAUUGGCACCGUUAUAGGCUGUGUGUCUUCUAUGGAUAGCCACAUUUUGCAAGCAACAGCUAGGAACACUCAUGGUGAUAGUUGUGGUAACCCUAUCAGAAGAAAACUGAAAUCCCGGAGAGGGAUGCGUCAACAAUGCUUGAUGUUUCCUCCAGUCUCUAAAACAUGCGAGCCAUCGCCAGUGUGCUCUGAGAAAGGGCCAAGCAGCAAUAAUGCCCGUCCUCGGAAAACACCCAAAUUAAAGCAAAGAAAUAUCCGUGGUGAAACACCACUCCACAUCGCUGCAAUCAAGGUAAUAGUACCAUUAACCACACACCAGUAAUGGGCAGAGACUUUAGCUGUAAGAUUCACAUUUUAUGUGGAGUAAACUGCUGGUUAUUUG